AUCCACUUCCUGUAUAGAGGAGGGGUGGUCUGAUCCACCAUCACACCGAACGACCUGUUGUUGUGUGAAGUGUGUUUAAAAAAAGCAAUGGAUGAACUACCGUCGGACCUCAAGGCGUUUCUCCUCAACCACCCGUUUCUUCAGCUCACAGACGGCAAGAAGAUCAAAUGCACGCUGAACGGCCACGAGUUCCCGUGCAGCCUGGCGGAGCUGCAGAAGUUCACCCAGGGGAAGAAAUACGAGAAACUGAGCGCAGCCGCAGACUUCAGCUACAGCCAGUACGAGCCGCACGUCGUGCCCAGCACCAAACAACCCAACCAGCUCUUCUGUAAACUGACACUCAGACAUCUCAACCGGCAGCCGCACCACGUCCUCAGACAUGUCAACGGGAAACGCUUCAAGAAGGCCCUCUCCAAAUAUGAAGAAUGCACGCGGCAGGGAAUUGAAUUUGUUCCGGCCAGACUCAAACAGAAGAGGCCCAAAGACUUCGGAGAGGAGGCCAGUCGGGGUAGGACCCCAAAACACGGGCGCAACAUUUUGGAACCGCAACACUCUUCCAGUGACGAGGACCACAGCGACUCCGAAGACAGCAUGAGUGACCUCUAUCCAUCAACUGUUUUCACCAUAAAAAACACGGCAGAAGAAAGUAUGGAGGGUGAUGGGGCUGUGGAAGAAGACGACUUCCAAACGGAUGAAGACGAGGGAAUGGAGGUGGACAAGCAGGUGGUGCAGAAACGCAAAAAGGUCCAGGGCCCUGGUUUUCAGAAGAAAUUUAGAAAUAAUCAGUGUAAAUCAGGACGGAAGAACCAGGGGAAAGUGCGAAAUGCAAAGUAAAAUGGAAUAAACAAGUGUGUAUAGUAUUUUAUACCUGGUGUUUUGUCUGCGAGCAGCACUUGUAAACUUCUGUGUGUAGUAUUCUUAUGUCUGAGCCUGCAUGAUCUUUGCAUUUGUACAUUACAAUAACACAACAAAUCAAGAAUUUUCUGAUAUAUAUAUAUUUUUUUUUGCAAAGGUCUGUUUAUCAAAUUGUGAUGUUGCACAGUUUUGGCGAGGCAGGUUUACAUGACAUGAAAAGUGUGUUUGUGGCAGAUGACAGAACUUCUGGACUGGAUGAGUUGUGUCCUCUGGUUCAAGAGCAACAACACAGGCAUUAAAAUACAAAUCUGUUUGGCAAA